AACAUUGAAUAUAAAAAGUUCGUUGUCUCUCUCUUAGUCAGUAUUUCAAGCAAAAAAAAAAAUGUUUGCCCAUGUUGGGAACCACUCUUUAGCCAAAUUUGGAUGAUAUGACUUUAUUAUUACACAUUCACAUCAUUCAUUCAUUCACACACACACAAACGAAAUUAAAUACAUUGGCCUCUCACCACCAUUUGAAUCACAUUCAACUCUAAUUCUGCAUAUAUAACAAAUUAAUGUUUUUGUUGUUAUUGUCAACAAAUAAAUUAUUUUGAAAAAAAGUUAUCCAUUUUUUGUUACUAAAAUCAUCAUCACGUUAUAUUGUGUGUUUGGUCUGUAUUACAAUUUUUUUUUGCUAUUUAUUUUCACUCAUUAACCAAUUGCUCGCCAAUCGCCAUUAUGAUUUUAUAUUUCGACAUUUUCUUCAUUCAAGCAUUUUCUACGUCUUCCAUACGGAAAAAGUGAUUUCUUUCAUUCACCACCUAUAUGAAAUUGAAGAAAAUUUGCAGCCAUAAAAAAAGAAUUAAUAUUUAUUCAUGUGUCUGGCUGGUGAGAUGUUCUAGUUUUACAUAUACUACAACAACCAGUCAUACAAUCGACGAGAAAAAUUGUGACAAAAAAAAUGUGAUUUCAUCAUGAUGACCGCAAAACAAAAAAACUGAUUUUGUUACCAAAAAAAAAAUUUAUGUUAAUUUAAAUGCUUGCAGCUACUACAUUAUUAUCGUUUUUGUUGUUGACAUGUGAAAAAUUAAUCAAAAAUAUAUAGACAAACAAUAUGGAGUCAUUGGAUGAAUUUCAGAUACUUGAAUCAAUGAUUCAAAAGAAUCAAUCCAAUCCAAAGUCAGAAGAAUCAUUGAAGCGAAAUAAAAAGGCGCCACCAUCGCCUGAUACGAAAUCAAAAAUUGAACCAAAUCUUGAUGAUUCGAGACAACAAAUGGAAUUGUUACAGAAUAUCAUAUCGAAUGAAUUGGCUAAUCACGAAGAAUUGAAUGAUCGAAAUAGACUAAUAAAAACGCUUUGCACACGAUUACAUCAAGCAUUACAGAAUAAUGAAGAGAUACGAAAAUCGGAAAUGGCCAUCACGCAGCAACUACAAGAUAUGAAACAUGAAAUGCAACAAUUCUCAACAAUGAUGUUGACAACGACGACGACAAAAUCCAGAGCAGCAACAAUAAACACAAAUUCUUCCAACAUAAGCGUUGACAAUAAAAAUGAUGAUGCAGAAGAAUCAUCAUUGGAAUUAUGUCGAAAACAAAUUCUAAACCAAAGUAGUUUUCUAAGUCAAAUUGAUUACAAUCAUAUCGAUAUGUCCAAUUCGGCUUUUGAUUGUGAUAAAAUCUCGAAUCAUAAUCAUCAUCAUCAUCAUCAUGAUAAUGAUCAACAACAACAACAACCAAAUGUACAGAUGUUGAUCGAUCAGAUUCGAAUGUUGGAGAAAAAAAUUGAAAUGGAACGUCAUUCAUAUCUGGAAGAGAAUGAACGUUUAAAUAUUGUUAUUGAUGAGAAACAAAAAUUAAUUGAUGAUUUAUUGCUCAACAGUGAUGAACAGAUGCCCAUGUUAAUGAAUAAAAAAAUAUGUGAUGUAGUUGUCGAUCCAAAUAAUCCAUUACAAGGAUACAAUCGACAGACCGACAAUCGAUUAUUAGUAGUGCUAUCUGAUUUGGUUAAAACAUUUUUGGACACAGAAAACGAUAUACAAAAACAGCUGGAAACGUUGGGCUUGGAAUCGAAAAAUGGCCAAGGUAAAUGUUCACCAAUGAAAAAUGGUCAUGCCGAUGAUUCCCUGGAUCGUGGUUUUCCUUCACUUGAACCUGAUCAACCGGAAAGAUUGCUUAUGUCGACCACUAGUGAGAUUGCUACAUUUGAUUUACUUUGUGAAGAUGGACCAGAUCUUACCACACCAUCUGAAUUGAUCUAUAGUAAUCCGUUAAGUUGUUCAACUACGAUCGCCGGUUCUGGUUCGACAGCUAUUGUUAAUGGCACACAAUCGAAUGAUAUCGAAGAUGAUGUUGUACUUGGUGCCAGUCGUCGAUUACGUUUAGCCGUUGAACGUGUUCUAAAAAUUCUUGCCGAUACGUUGGAACGGCAGAAACAGGAUUUCGAAGAAUUAAGGCGACAAAAAGACGAAUUACUGAUGGAAUUUCAGGAAGAAUGUCAACGUAGUGAUAAAUUAACUCGUCAGUUAAUGGAAAAAGAACAGUUGGUGAAAACGUUGGAAAAUGAAAAGAAAAUUCUCAACGAUCAAUUGAUUGAUUUUAAUGAAAUGAAAUUACAACAGCAGUGUUUACGCGACAAAUUGGAAGAAUUUGAACGUGAACGUGAUCGAUUUGUAACGGAUAAUAAACGUUUUGAAAUGGAACGAAAAUCAUUCGAUAAAGGACUACCUCAACUACAUCAGAAAAAAGAAUUAUUAAAUGAAAAUGAGACACUUAGUCGUGAUAUUCGAAAUUUACAACAAGAGAAAAAGAACCUCUUGUCAAGGAUCAACAAUCUAACUGCCGAGAUGGAAGGUAUUCGUUCGGAAAAGGAGCUGAUUGAUGAAAACAAGAAUGCUGAAUUUGAAGAAUUACUAUCACAGCUUGAUGCUAAAGAAAAGAAUCUAAAUUCAUUGAAACGUUUCAUUGAUGAACAAACACAAGAACGUGAAAUGGAACGUGAUGAAUUCAACAAAGAAGUCACCGGAUUAAAAGAUAAACUGAAAGAUAUGGAAAAAUUGGAAAAUAAAUUGCGAUCACAGUUACGAUCGAUAGAAAAUCAAAUGGCGAUGCUGACCGAUGAUGGCAAACAACGUGAUGAACAAAUCGAUGAAUUAAAUAAAACGAUUAAAAAUCUGAAUCAAAAGUUAUCUGAAUCAAAUUCAACAAAACGCCAUCUGGAAGGUGAAGUUGAACGAAAUAAUCGAAUUGAAAAGGAUCUACGAUCCCGGCUGAAAAAAUUAUCCACCGUAUUGCAAGUCAGAUUGAACGAUGAAACCAAUUGGAAUGAAGUGAUUGCCGCUAUCGAUCAAUUUGUCUUGGCUAAAUCAUUGCAAUCAUCGACAGUAUCACCACCGGCCGUAAAAGUUUUUGGUCUUCGAAAAUCGCAACAAAAAACUGCCACAUUGGAUGAUAAUGAUUUAGACAAUUCCAUAUUUACAACAAUCAAAUUGAUGGAUGAUAGGAUCAAAGAUCUGAAUACGAAUGUUGAAUCAUUACAAAUGACAAAUGAUCAGAUGAAAAAUGAUUUACAAGCGAAAAUGGAACUGAUUGAUCGAUUGGAACAGCUAAAACCAAAGGUCGAGAGUUUGGAACGGAAUAUACAAGAGCUAAACAAAACGAAUGAACUGCUGCAACAGGAAAUCAAUGCUAGCCAUAUGAAAUGUUCAGAAUUGAAAGUAAAAUUAGAUUCAUCAGUCGAUAUACAGGAAUUCAAACAUAUCGUACAAGAAUUACAAGCUAAAUUGAAUGCCGAAAAACGACAGACUGAAUCGGUGGCAAUGAAAUUAGAACAAGCGAAUCGUCAUGUCAAUGAUUUGACGGAAAAAUUGGAUGCUUAUAAGAAGGAAAUCCGUUCGUUUAAAGAAUUGCUUAAAUCUCAUGAUCAUUGUAAUACGAACAAUAAUAAUGUGGAUAAUAAUAACAGGAGAGCGCCGGAUAAAUCAUUCGAUCGUCGAAAUUCAAAAGAUUUGGCCCUAGAAAUGGCCAAAAUUAAUGAUCAGCUUGAGAUGAAAGAUAAGACCAUCUCAAUGUUGGAAAAUAAUAUUGAAAUUUUUAAAGCCAAACUGGAAACCACGCAACAAGAACGUGAUAUUUAUCAUGAACGACUUAAAUCGGCUGAUGAUUCGAGAAACAAAAUCACUAUUUACGAAAAGAAUAUGGAAAAAUUACGGCUGCAGAAUAAAAUAUCAGCCGAUAAAAUUACUUAUCUAGAAUUGGAGAUUCAAAAUCUUCGGAAAAAGAUUGAAUUAUUGGAAAAGGAAAAUGAUCAACUUAAAAUGGAAAAUCAGAAAUUGAUUCGACAAAAACAGGAAAUGAAUGCAGCAGCUAUGUUUACAGCUGCCGUUGAUUAUGUCGAUACGGCUACCGAACAAGAUUUAGUCAUUACCACCAAUAAUAAUAGCCAACAUCUGAAUGGAUUCGAAAAAAUGAAUCAUAUUAGCUCAAAUAAUCUUUUGAUGUUAAAAGUUCGCCGUCUAUUAACACAGAAAGGUGCAUUGAUUUAUCAGAAAAAUUAUCUCAUCCAUGUGUUAAGUAGCUAUCAACGUACCGAGAAUGAUACGCUUGCAUUGUUGGCCAAUUUCAAUAAUUCCAGAGAUGCCGAUGAAGACGAUGAACACGGUAAUCGAAUGCGUGGUAAAUCUCGUUUCCGUUCAGUGGUAUAUGCAUUGAUUGCUAUAAGUCGAAUGCAAUUCAUGGUAAACGUUUGGCAAUGUCGUAAACGACAAUUAUUGUUUCAUAAAACUGCCAAUUCGAUAGCUGCAUUACAGAAUGUUCCUUUACCACCACGACAAACAACAAAAGAUGGUAAAGGCCAUUUGUCAUCAUCAUCAUCAUCAUCAUCAUCUGUACAUACAAGUCCAUCACGACAUCAUGCUAUUAUCAAUGUAUCAAAACAGGUCAACAACCAUCCAGCAAUCAAUUCGACACUCAAAGAUUAUGUUGAUCGAUUACAUGUAGUACAUGAAACAUUGGGCCUUUAUACCAACAAACGUUUAUAAAAAAAUAAUGAA